AUGGAGACGGAUGACGAUGAUAACAAUGAAAUGGAUAUCAAUGAAGAUUUUCAUCAACGUUUAAUCAACUAUGCUACCUAUGAACGUAAAACAUUUUUGGAUUUUUUACAAUAUUUUAUUCCUCGACAAACAAUUAUUUAUAUGCAGUAUUGUUUAUUACGUAUACCAUUUCUACUUGCCUACGAUUAUUUAUAUACUGAACAAUUCGCUUCUUUGCUCCAUCGAUUCCUUCGUUAUUCAAGCGAAAUUUUCGAUCAAGAAAGCCAUUCGGUAUUUCAAUCAAUAAAUUAUGUCAUACAGAGUUUCUUGUUCCAACAAUUACUCGAUAUUAAUUUAAUGUUUUCCAUCCCAAUUCUAGGACUGUUACUUCUGAUUGUUUCGUUACUAUGUUCUGAUCGACGCCUUGUGAUCUUUUACAGCUAUACUACUUCAUUACUUGUUAUCCGUUUUUAUUAUCAAAUCAAUCGUGUCACAGAUAUUGAACUAAAUAUGAUCAUAUUACAAUUCAUUCUUUCAGUAAUGUAUCUUCAAAUGCUCAAACUACGUCCUUACGCUCAUAGCCAUCGAAUUCAAGUUCGAAUAUGUCAAUCAGCACCACUUGUAUAUCUCUUCACACGAUUCCUUCUCUCAUCACCGUUUGGAAUUUAUCUACAAAAUCUUUAUUGUAUAGUUUGGCUGCUAGCACAUUUAUCAGAAUUGUUUAUCUACCAAAUCGAGUCAAUGCUUUAUCUAAUUCAAAUACGUGUCCUUGCCGGCACCGUUCGUUUCUAUAAUAACUUUGGCAUACAGACGGUAUUAACAUAUUUACAGCAACGAAUUGAUAUUAUUACUCUGAUGAAAAUCUUUUGGGUAACAAAAAUUCUCAUCAUACCAUUAGGAUUUCGAACGAUCUAUUCACAUCCAUUCAUAAUCAAUGCAACUAAUAGUAAUAAUGAAACAAUCGAAAUUUAUAACACGACAUUGACAAAAUCGAUUUAUUUCACAGUUCUGUAUUAUGGAACAGAAACAACAUUUACAUUAAUGAGUUUCGCUUGUCUUGUUUCACAUGGAAUUAAAACAGUAUCCCAUCGUUUUUACCGUCUAUUACACAUAUGGAACGAAGAUGUCGAACAAAUUGGUACAAUUAUGGGUGUGAUGCUAUUCCUUCUUUUGUUCCAGUCAAAUUUGAUGCGACUAGAUCUUCAUCGACGACAUAUCCCAUUACUGAAAGCAUUCGGUUUACUCAUUGUCGCAUCCCUUCAUUUUCUGCAUACCAUACUUGAGCCGCAAUUACUUAAAGUAGCUAUGCAAACAAUGACAUCAAGAAUGGCAUUUGAUCAAACAGAUGAAGAUAAUCUCCAAGAAUCGAUAAAUAAAAACAACAACAGAUCCACAACGCCUUACUUCACUCCGGAAAUCAUUCGUACUCUCUAUCAUCGUCAUGUCUAUACAUGUGUAUCGACCUUACUAUUUAUUAUUCUGUACACUCUUUUCCUAUGGCGUAUAGCAACACUGUCGACAUGGAUAUUGGCGAUCACCGCUUUUUCGUUGGAAUUAAUUGUAAGACUGUUAGCAUCGUUAGCUCAGUAUAUGCUUUAUGUGCUUGAGGCACACAAUCGUUUAACAAAUGUUGAUUCAUUUGAUGAAUACAUCUUUCGUAUCAAGGCUGUCACAUCCUGUUUUGAGUUUAUGCUGGGAAUUUUUCUUCUUUGCAACGGAUUCUAUAUCUUAUGCUACGAAGCUCGUGGGGCACUACGCGCGUUUAUGCUUGCCGUUCAUGCGCACAUGAAUAUCAUUAAGAAUUUUCGUCGCGGUUUGAAAAUAUUUCGGAAUAGAAAAUCGGCGUGGCAUAUCGUCAGUCAAUUACCUUUGGCAACGGAAAGUGAAAUUCAAGAAUACAAUGACAUAUGUUCAAUAUGUCAUAACAGUUUAACAAGUGGAACAACUUGUGUGACACCGUGUCAUCAUUUAUUUCAUCAGAAAUGUUUGCAAAAAAUUAUUUGGAGACUCAAACACAUGGAAGGAUCGACAAGUGCACGACCAUCGAAAACUGCAAGCGUAGCGCCUUGUUUUUGGACAAACUCAGAAGUGUUACAAUGGAUGAAGAAUAGUUUACCUGAACUAUUUAACAAAUACGGCGGAUUUUUCAAAAAUCAUGGAAUCAGCGGACGAACUCUAUUCAUGUUAAAUGAUAAUCUACUUUUGGAAAUGGGUAUCAACGAUGCACAAGAUCGAGCCCAGUACCGUAUUGAAAUAUCGAAAUUGAAAAUCAAAUCAGACCUGCUAACGCUGAAGAACACUCAUCAUAAAGGUAACAUUCGAUUCAUCGAUGAGAAUUCCAUCAAUGACUCGUCACAAAACGAACAUAUAUAA